AUGCUCAUCAUUUGGAGCAUCCAUACUACUUUUAUGAGAAACGUGGAGGAGGACGAGCAUUCGUUGGAGGAUGGCAGCCAUAUGAAUACUUCGGCAACAGGAUGGAACGACGAGGAGGUGGGAGGGCGUUUAAUGGGUUUUGGGGACCCAGCGAUUACCUAUACAGGUUCUACGACAGUCCCUACGACAAGAGAUCGUCAAGCCUUUGGGAAUUCCUCGAAUCGUAAUCCUGCUAUCCGAUCUCAUUUCUCGUUACUGUAA